GCCUGAUUCAAAAUGGCGGCUCAGAUACACGGAUCGAGGAAAUUCUACGAUAUUCCUAGCGAAGAGUUAUCAAAUUUGCGACAUAGAUCUCAACGAAAGAAGAAAGAAAACAACGGGAAGCUUUUAAGAUACAUUGAAGAAAAUUGUAUUGGAAAAGAUUUGACGUUUUCUGGACCAUACGGGCGAAGAAAUGGUGUGUAUGUCGUUCGUACUAAUUUGUAAAUUUCUAAUGUAACUUGGAUUCGAGAUUGCUCUGUUAGUUCCUUAGACAAGAUUUAUUUUUUUUAUCAUCUACAGUGACUUAUUGUGACUACACAGCAUCGGGAAGGUAUGAUAUCGUGCACUAAUCAGUAUGCUCGCGAGAACACGCAUCUGAAAACCCUCAGAUAAUGAUCAUUUCCCAUUUAGAAGACAAGGUACACGUACAGUAUAUGUCAUGUUGCAUCAUAAACCCAGAGCUCUCAAUUUGUCUCGCUGCCAAGGAGUGAGAUUUUCGACCGCAUAGGCGGUGAUUUUGACGGCGUCGGCAUCACCUAUCUGGUGGUGAUGGUGGGGGUUAUGGAGGCAUACACUUCAGGAGGCAUACUCCAUCAGUCGCUUUGUACCCAGGUUUAAGUUGGUUCGUACCCAAACUACUGGUUGAUUUGUACCCACCCUAGUAUCCUGAUUUCUACAAUAGUCCUCAUGCACGUGUGCAUGAACAGAUGUUGAUUCUUACUUACGAUAAGUUAGUAGAGUCAUGAGAGUAAAACACAAGCAGAAUUCUGUUAUUUACACUUGUGACCUUAUUAAAAAAAGCAAUAAAUGAUUGCCUAGUUCAAGGUUCAUUAGUGGUGUAAUAUUUUAAAAAGUAAAAUUUCCGCACAGCCCCAUACUACAUUAUGCAUUCAGUUCUUGGAUAGAGAAAACAAUGACCAAAACAGUACAUUGCCAUUGGGAAAACAGAUUUGUUUUACAAUAGUAUGGGGCUGUGCGGAAAUUUUACCUUAAAAAUACUAACAACAGUCUUAAACAACAGUCUUAAGAUAUUCUUUAUACUGUAACUUUCUUAACAAUAACAGCUAGUGGAAGUGGAAAUUUUUUCUCCUUUUGUUAUUAAUGAUAAUAAAUUUGUUUAUUCUGAUUUAUUCAUUAUAAGAAUAUUAUUCUUACUUUAGACAUAGUUAACAUGGAAAACAUUUUUUGUUGGUUUGGAUACAAAACAACUCAACUGACUGGGUAUGAAUCAACCAAGCUGAACACAAAAUGACAGGGUAGGAAGAACCAUGGUUAAGGAACAAAUGAGAACCAUUCUGUCCUGUUUUAGGUCCCUGACAUUCAUUGAGGAUUAUAUCAGAGAGCAGGUCUUGCCCCAUUAUGGUAACACACACACAACGACCACUGUGACCUCGUUACAAACCACUUUGUAUCGUCAUGAAGCAAGGUAAAUGGCAAUUUUGAAUUGAGGAGUGAUUUUCAGUUGAGUCUCUUGAAAGUGAUUGAGGAUUGCAUUGGUUUUGUUUCACUUCCCUGUUUGAUAAUUUGUCAAGAAUAUUUGUGCUGUUCUCUGAACCUUCUGACCUCUGAUAAGAGUGACAAGUGUUUAAAUUCUUCUUAUGAUAUUGGGAUCAAUAUCAGUAUUGAGGCAACUGCCCACCUACCCUUCCCCUAACCCUUCAACAGUCAAUUGAUAACAAGUUAGGGUUAAUGUUGGGUUAGGGGAGGGGCAGGUGGGCAGUUGCCUGGAUACUGAUAUUGAUCCCAAUAUUGUCCCAGAAUCAAAUGUUUAAGUCUUGGAAAAUAAAGGAGAAGAUAACUAACAAAAGAAGCUCUUGAUUUGUAAAUGGAAUAAGAGACAUGGUAAGUUUUUAGCUUGGUAAAGAAAUAGAGAAAGAUGUUUUCUGUCUUGUUGUGAGCAUGGGACAAAGAAACUCUUGAUUGUUAUACAAAGUCUCCUUGUCAGUGCCUUAGCCCUGUAACCCCCAGAAGUGAUAAACAUGUAACUUCUCCCUAUAGUAUCUACAUAUUAUUCAGCAAACAGGUAAUGAGAAUACUCAAACUCAUUAGAUACAAGAUAUUACCUUGAUUGAACACCAACUUCUCUUAACUAAUUUGCAAGGCAAUGUGUAGCAGCUAUAGGGGAGAAUUAACAAUCAGAUCUUGGGAGUUAAAGGGUUAAGAAAUGUCUAGAAAACAGUAUGGAGAAUGUGCAUACUGAUAUAAGGGUGUAAAGGGUUAAGACUAAAACCGAUUGCGACUUAGUUAUCUUUUUGUUUUGUUGGUUUUGUUUGUCUUUUCCCUCAAAUACUUUCAUUUUUCUGUUGUAUUUUGAUUAAAUUUCUUAAAUUUGAAUAAUUUGAAAUCUAGAUUAUUUAAUUGUCACAUUGUUAUUAUUUCAUUGUUAGGGAUAUUAUCAGGAAUGCCGUGAAUGCCAGUGAGAAUGAUUCUGUUGUGUUUGUUGGGAGUGGUGCAACAGCAGCUGUUCACAAGUUGAUCCAUGCUUUAGACUUCAAACAACCCCCAGUGAGUUGUUACUAAAUGUGUUUAAUUUCAUCAAAGAUUGGAUGCUCUUAUCUAACUUGGUGAAUUUUUCUUGGACAUAAGACAUAAGAGAAUUUAUGACAUUUGAAGUAAAUCCCGUCUUGUCAAUAAGUUUUCGUUUCAACAUUUUAACCUCUUAACUCCCAAGAUCUGAUUGUUUAUUCUCUCAUCUAGCUGCUACCAUCAUUUUCCAUGUUAAUCAAAACUAUUACAAAAUUCUCAAACUUGAUUGGUUAUCACCAGCCUGGUUUGAGCACUAAUAGUACAGUGUAUGUGUCAUGCUUAUAAUUGGACAGUGUAAUAGGACAGUUAAAGAGACAGCUAACUGACAUCAUACCCAUGUAAGUGGACAGAAAGCAUCAUGAGCAUGCACUGUUGUCUUGCAUUUCAACCAAUUAACUGUUGAUUUUUUUUGAAAACGCACAACCCAUGUCUAGUUUCUUUUUCAAAUUUUGUCAUAGUUUUGAUAAAUUGGAAACAGUACUUUGUGUUGUCCAAUUCUGUCUGUAAUUAUACUCAUGAUUAACAAAUCAGACUCCCACUUUGCAGUUGUCUGAUUUUGUGAAUCACUCAUAUGAUUACAGACCAAAUUGGACUCCACUCGAUCCUAUUACCAUGAUUAUAAAUUACUAAAGAGAAUUUGGUGUUAAAUCAAGAUAGCAACUUGUACCAGCUAAGUUUCAGAAUAUGGUCAUUACCUGUUUACUGGAUAGAGAUUUCUUAAGGAAUGACUUCUUGAAGCCUAAGGGUUAACUGGAAAAAAAUGCUGUUAAUGUGAAAUAAGAGGCUGAAGGGAGAAACAUUCUUCUCAAAUAUUUUUCUUUUUUCAGAUAGUCUUUGUUGGACCAUUUGAGCAUCAUUCGAACCUCCUUCCAUGGAAAGAAUUAGGAGCUGAGGUGAGAAGGAGCAUAACAGAAAUUCAAACUUUCACUUGCAACUAGGGAGAUGUACAAUAGACUGAUAGUACAAUAACCAGGCCUUUAACUCCUAAGAUCUGAUUAUUAAUUCUCCCCUCUUGCUGUCACACAUUUUCUUGUAAAUCAGUUUUGAGAAUUUUGCUGGUAGAUUUCAACAACUUCUUCCUGAUAAAUUUAAGUAUCCUCAUUACCUGUUUGCUUGAUAAUGUUUGUAUGUUAUAGGAAAAAGUUACAUGUUAAUCACUUGUGGGAAAGAAAAGGUAUAAUAACCCAAUCAUGAGUACUCUGGACUCUGGUUCCAGUGGUUUGGGUUGAACCUUAAAGUUUAGAGAAGCUACAGUCUGUGAAGAGUCCCUUUCCAGUUAGGUUUUAAAAAGCCCUUUAAAACCUGUGGCAGUGUUGAUAGCUGCAAAUUGUGUAUAUACUUAAAGGAAUAAUUAUUUUCCUAACAAUAACUGUUUAUUAAGUUUGUUGAUACCUCUAUUUUUGGUCAAGAAAUUUGUAAAUUCCUAAGGACAUGAUUUCAUAAAAUCUGUUCAAUAUUUGAUUGCAAGGUUGUGUGGAUACAUCAGAACUCAGAAGGCUUAGUUGAUCUGUCAGACUUGGAAUUCAAACUUAGGGUAUGUGGUAACAUAAGCUUAAAGAAAAUUCAAUUUAGCUAUUUUUAUUAGAAAGAAUGUCUCUGGAAACUCAGUUUUUAUGACUGAUGGAUGAUUGUCUUUUGACGUUUUUUUUUUAUAGUUUUACCUUUUUCUGAAACUAGAAUUAAGUAGCUCCAAGGGAAAAGCUGAAUAAUGUUUUCUCUGCAUAGUUGUUUGGUUGGAUAUAUAUCUUUUAAAUUUGUUUCAAGACAAUAUAAAUUAGAACUACCUAAAUUCAUUUUAAGUUGUAGAUUGUAUUCAAAAUUUUAUUUUUGUAAACAUGUGUUUUUAUGUCAUUGCCAAAUCAAUCUUUUUUGUCUUUCUGUUUAGGUUCACUCUUCUAAAAGCAGGCAGUUGAUUGGUUGUUUCUCAGCAGCCUCUAAUGUGACAGGAAUUCUAACAGACACUAAUGCUGUAACUGCCUCUCUGCACAGACAUGGUGCACUGGCCUUUUGGGAUUAUGCUACAGCAGGUAAUUAAUAAUGAAAGAUGUUGUGUGCAAUUAAUCAGUGACUGCUCACAAAUGCCUUAUGAAUCUUACAGCCAAGAAUAUCAUGGCUGAGCUGACUAGUCUUUUGGCAUCUGACAUACAACAUUUACAUUCCAUAUGCAUGCUGGUGAUAAAUUCCAUUCAGUUGGUCAAAAUGCCCAUCAUUACUACAGACACUGAUGCAUGAUCAGUGAUUGACAACCACAUUUCGAGACAGAUGUUUCUUUGUCUUGUUGCAAACAUGGGACAAAGAAAAAAUUAUUGCAUUCCCAUGAGGAAUCCAAUUGCAGACCUUGGGAUUCUGCCCUCCAAUGCUCACUACUGAGUCAUAGAAACCUCUUUGGUGGUUUAUAGCAGCUGCAGACCAUUUCAGGUGGAAUGAAUUCAGGUGGCAUGAAUCCAGUAUAUUGACAGGAUCAAUACUGUUCAAAGGCUAGAAUUUACCAUCACUUUUUUUACAAGCUUAUUUUGUAUUUUGUGUUUUGCUUGACAGGUCCCUAUGCUGAAAUCAACAUGAAUCCUUUGGUAACCAGGUAAUGCAAGAGUGAAUUUGUUUCUAUGUACUGUUUUAUGUCCCUUUUGAGUCACCAGUCUUUUAGCCAAUGAUCAAUCACGUAAGCAGAUUAGCCUUAAGUGAUAAAUGCAGGUAGGAGAUUUGUGGUAGCAAGUAAAAAAUGAAUUUUUUUCUUUCAAUCUUAUGGUGACAUUCAUUGGUUUAUACUAAACUUUACAAUUUGAGAAUUGCGAUGGUAACUGUAUGAACUAUUUAUUUUCUGAAGCUAUCAGCUAUGCUAGUAAAAAGUCAAUAAUCAUCAUUUAUUUGUACCAACUCAGCAGUUGGCUAGGAUAAUCAAUUUUUAACUGAAAAAGGUUAUGUUCUACUUUCUGCCCUCAAGCAUUUUUAAACCAUGCUUAAUAUAAUUUCCUGUCCAACAACUUUUAUUUCAUGCAGUGAUGACCAAGGGCUUGUCUACAAGGAUGCAAUUUUCAUUUCAGUGCACAAAUUUGUGGGUGGUGUAGAGAGUCCAGGUGAGGAUUGAUUCUGCUUAACCCUUAAACUCCCAGAAAAGGUUAACAAAUAACUUCUCCUUAAAACAUCCAUUCACUAUCUAGCAAACAGGUAAUGAGAAUAUUCAAUUGCAUCAGGUAGAAGUUGUUUUCUUGAUCUAACACCAAAUUCUCAUAACUAAUUCACAAAGAAAUGUGCAGCAGCUAGAGGGGAUAAUUAUCAAUCAGAUCUUGGGAGUUAAAGGGUUAAAUUUGUAAACUGAAACAUCAUUACAAGAACUAUGACAGAUUUUUACACCACUAUGUCACCAGUCUACAAGUUAUGUGCAGUUUCUCCAAAGGCAGACCACACAUGUGUUUGUGGUCAAUAAUUGUUGUCAGAGACGAACAGAAUCUAGGAAGGUUGUGAAUAAAGCUCUGAAAAUUGCAUAUCCUUCUUACAACUUGGUCUGAAUAUCUCAAUAAAGCUACAUGAAAUGUUAAUUCAAGCAUUUGUGGAAUUUUUUUCACCUUCAUGGGCUGUUUGAAGAAUCUACUACUUACAAAACUACUUUUGACUGGAAAAAGGUAAUUUUGUAACAAAAAAAAUUCCAUAGAUUUUUUUCGUCUCAUGUCAACAGUUAUUAAUCACAAACCCAUAGUGUGAUCUGUCUGUAGUUUCUCACCUGAUUUCUUGUGCUUAUUAUUCACAGGUAUCCUUGUGGCAAAAAAGAAUUUGUUUGUGAACCCUGUCCCAUCAGGUUGUGGAGGUGGCUCUGUGUUUUUUGUAAGUGCAAAAAGUUUCUAGUUAAAAUCAGUGUCUGGGCAACUGUGUCCCUACCCCUCCCCUAACCCAACAUUAACUCUAACUUGUUAUUAGUUGACUUUUGUUGGAUUAGGGGAGGGGUAGGUGGGUUAGUUGCUCAAAUACUGGCACUGAUCCUAAAUUUUAUCCGGUUUGAGCAAAAAAUUGAUCCUUAAUAAAGCUGACGUGUAGUUAAAAAGUGGAAAAGAACCACACUUUGCACAUUUUAAAAAUGCUAUAGCUAAUUUUUUCCCCCCUAAAAAUGAUUCUAAUAAAAAUAAUUGAAACGAAUCACGCUUUAUCUUGAGGAUAGAAACCUCACUAAAAAAUUUUCAUCGCGACAACAUAUGGCCUCUGGUAGGUCAGUCUACCGUGUCUAUCAGGGAUUCGAACUCUGUCAAAGCUUGAAUUCUUUCCAAGCUUAUGUACUGUACUUAUGUACUAUGUACUGUACUGUAGCUUAUGUACUUAUGAACUAUGUCAAAGCUUGAAUUCUCUCCAAGCGUGAAAUACGAUUACACAAUGCGUAAUCGUAUUUCACGUGGGAGGAUCAUUUGUUUACAAGGUCAAAAUAUUAUGUAAUUAAUUUGUGUAUGAAGUUUUUUCCCCACUAAACUAGUAUGUUGUUAUCUCUUCGAAGUUUGUGGUGGUUGUUGUUUUUUUAAAUUUGCAUCAGAAUUAUGAACUAUUCAACGUAUAGCGACCAAGCGUUUUUACCGCUUGUAUUGUAUAUUUAGGUUACAGAGAACAGCCACAGAUACCUGAAAGAGAUUGAGACGAGAGAAGAAGCUGGCACUCCAGCCAUUGUAGGUUCCGUGCGAGCCGGUCUUGCCUUUCAACUGAAACAGGUACAAAAGUGCCAAUUAGAUGCUAACGAAGGACUCCUUUAAGUCGACAAUCCCUUCUACAAAUGCUAUAAUCUAAUGCCGCUCACCAUAAGUCGCAUGUGGUCGGCCAGGCCUAUUCAUUCAAAGCGAGAUACAUUGACUCUCAAAGGUAGAUGACUAUCUCGAUUCGAAACUCAGUCCUAGAUUCUUGAAAGUGUUGAGAAUCGAGAGUGGAGUUUCGAGUUUCGAUUUUCAAGUUCCGCUUAUCUAGUAUCUAGUUUCGAAACACUCUAGUAAUUAUUCGAGAGCACGAUUUAAUCCUCGAAAGUGAAAUAAUUAAUCCUCGAAAGUGAAAUAAUGGCGAUGGGCAAUCAUGAACAUUUGCCAACUGUCAGGUCCGUGUGUAAAAGAAACCAUGAGUGGGAUCACUGUAUUUCACCAUACGGAUCAACCCUAAGCCGUAAAUUAAGUUUUUUAUUAUUUCCCCUCUCACAUCUCUUUUUUUAACUCACCUUUCCAUGCACACGCACACGCAUCACGUACCACGCACCACGCACCACGCACCACGCACCACGCAUCACGCAUUGUAAGUGCACUAAACUAUGACAGUCUGAUUAUUUGUACUCGAAUAAAAUAUAGAUUUAGGAAAGCCUAAAAGCGGAGCUCGCAUUUUUUUUCCGGCACGUCUCUUCAACAAAACUAAAGCCCCUACUAUGGAUAAAGUGCGUGGUAAUAUUAAUGGAUUUUCAUUCGCAACUUCUCCGUGUCCGUGUAGAGGACUGAUUAUAAGAUAGUGCCUGUGGUACAGUUGGCCGCGCAUGCUAAAAAUAGCACCUUGUACGGUCGGUCGUACGGUCGUACAUCCAAAUUUUUUCGGCUUGAUGGGUUACUACUAUUUUGUAUAAUUAUGGGGCUACGCUCUGCGAGCUCCGCUAUCAGUUCCAUCUUUCUUGUCUAAUGAAAAUCUGUUCUGAAAUUUACUCUUGCAUUUGGUUUUCAAGAUCUAUUUACAAACUAGUCAGUUGUUUCUACAUUCUUUAAACACUAACUGAUUCACGUUUGACUGUCUCAUGUCUCCGUUAGGACAUCGGUUCAGAGAGCAUUAUGGGCAUCGAGGAAGAUUUAUGCAGGUUCGUCAUUCAGUAUUGAAAUAGCUACAGAAGAAUUAUUUUAUUAAGAUAAAUGUCAAAAUUUGUGCUCAUCACUAGGAAAUGCAAAAAGCUCUGAAUCCCAACUUUUCUCUCUCUCAAAGAAAAGUACAUGUAAAAUAUUUUAGAAAUUUAAAAAGAAUGAAGCUUAUUUAUGCUUUUACCCGAAUAGGAGAGCACUGGCCAUCUGGAGUAACAACAGAAAUAUUGUUCUUCUGGGAAACACAUCAGUCCCUCGACUUCCCAUUUUCUCAUUCCUCAUCAAGGAUCCAUAUUCUGGAGUGUUCUUACAUCACAACUACGUGUGUGCCCUACUCAAUGACGUGUUUGGAAUACAGGCCCGUGGAGGCUGUGCUUGUGCGGGCCCUUAUGCACAGGUGCCCGCUGUUUUUUAACUUGAAAUAAUUUAUGAUGGUUAGAGAUUGCUUGAAAUUUAUAACCAACAGUGAGCUUCGCUUUUCUACAUAUUUUCUCUGGAAGAUGCCAUAUUUUGCCUUUGCUAAAGCUAACGACAGUAACUCAAAAGUGAGCGUUUUUCUAAACGAUUCUUGUCUCGAAAGUAGGUAAGUUUAGUCUGUGCUUAAAAGGCCCAUCCAGCCUGAACUUAUACCGGUUUCCUUAGCAUGAAAUACCGGACAUCGGACAGGACCGGGUAGGAAUCUCCAGCAUUAUUACUUCUCUAUUACUUCUCCCUUGGGAUGCUUGUCCAUGGUAAAGUUACCCUCCAGCCAAUUCAUCUGGUUUUUCGUGAUUCUUAUCUAAUAGACUCACGACUUGAACUUCGAGAAAUGGGGUUAGCCCAUAAAAAAAUUAGUUUAAUGCUCAUGUGUUGAUCUUUUUUAAAGAAUCUUUUAGGUAUAGAUGAGAAACUGGCAAAAGAGAUUGAAGACCUUCUUUUGGAAGACAGGUGUGGUGUUGUAUUGAUAUGAUCCUUAACUCAGUGGGUUCGAAUUACUUAUUAUUAAAAGCUCUAUAUUUUCGAAAAUAUUACCUGCUCAAAAUGGUUAACUAUAAUAAUGAUAAUAAUAGUAGAAAUAUUUAUCCAGGAUAACCCUUCAAUACAAGAGUACUGUUACCAACGGGGUCCCGCUGAUUAAGAAUUAAAAACUAAGAAAUAAGAAAUUAUUGAAAUGUAUAUAAGAUAGUACCUACUAAAACAAAAAUACACGAAGUUAAAAACUGUUAAACCUACAAUAGGUAUUACGUGUAAUAAUCUUCCAGGGUUUUUCUAAAGAAAACUCUAGAAUUAAUGUUCCUUAAACUUAAAGGCAUUGAAAUAAAAAUCGAGGCACCCAAAAAAUAAAAAUUACGGCGGGCAGAAUCCAGUUUUUUUCUGUCUUUUUCCUUCGUCAACAGUCGGUUGGACAGAGUUCACCUUCGAAGAUACCACGAAUACUCCGAACGAGAAAUUUUAAGGUUAGUUUUUAUUCCCUGUUUGUUUUUCUUUUGUAAUAGAGACUACGAGCUUUAAACGUCACUAUUUAUCAUUAUUACGCGUCAUGCUUGAAAUGGCCCAUGUGAUAGGGCAGUUUACCAGUCAUGCCCGUGGAACUGAACUAUGUCAUGGAGUUGUCAGGCGUUCACGUGAAAUUAAAGGUUACUCAAACGUCGCUUUGAAAUUUUUGAACCAAAUGAAAUUAUCCAUCAUGUUCUCUUGGAUCAACAAAGGAGCAACGAGACAAUGGAAACUUCAAUACAACUUGGCAUACAACCUCACCACCUUAUGAGUUUUUUUCUCACUUUUUUUAGGCCAGGUUUUGUUCGUCUCAAUUUGCCGUAUUUUAUGUCGCACGAUGCUGUUGAAUUUGUUCUCAAAGCGGUGGAGAUGGUGGCCGAACACGGCUGGACGCUUCUUCCGCAGGUAACGGGCCUCAUCAGUUAUAACAGUUUUUAUUAGUGCGUGUCGGAAAGCCAAAACCAAAUUGAUUACAACGGCCGAACAAAACAAAGGUUUUAACCAUUGACAGCCAAUGAGUGCUCGGAGUAAAAACGGGCAAACCACUUGAAGCGCGGGAAAAUGCAAGUGACAAGUGCGCGAAUGGUUUAAGUUUUGCAUCUGAUUGGUCGAGAGGGUGGCGUGAGUUUAAAAACCAUUCGUGACUUGGUAACCCCCGUUUACCCGCACUUUAGACAAUUCACCUGUUUUUGUGUCUCUUUCACAGUUCCCUUAAUUACAUUUCGUGCUCGCCCAAUCAGAAAUAACAUUCUUGUUAUACGUAGCGAUGUGUUGUAUUAAAGUAAAGCGCUUGUCUGUCUCUAUCCUAUGUUUAGUAUAUGUUCAACCCUGAGACGGGAGAAUGGAAACACAGGAAACAUCAGGUGACUCCGUUAUUUAGAUAUUUGUUUGUUUUUUUUGUUUGCUUGCUCACUUGUAGCUUUUUGCUUUGACGUAGGAUGAAAGGUGAGAAAUCCCACCUUGUUAGUUUGUUUCCUUUUUUUUUGUAGGUAUCGCUCAAAGGAAGGACUGAUAAUUUGGCUUCAUAUUUUUUUUUUUUAAUUUUAUUUUAUUGUUACAAAGGGUUUUAAAAGAAUUUCUGACGCGGUUGAUCAAACCCAUUGGUCCACGUACGGUUGAUAUGCACAUGUCACAUCGCGCGUAACACGUGCAUACGUUUCAUGUGCAUGCGUGUUAGUGUGGUUUUAUUGGUUAAGUUACAAAUCAGCAAGAGCUUAGCCAAUGGAUAACAGUGUUCAUGAGACCUCCCCUUCCCUGCGUCAAAAAAGUGCUUUCCGACCCUCCCCCUGUAUAAUACUAGUACAAUGCACGUGCAAAACCUGCUUGUGCCUGAUGGUUCGUUGUGAUUUCCACUGUGAAUUAUAGUGGUUGUACUGUAGUUCACCUGUUAACAGUGCUCUUCAAAAAUAUUACAGGUGUUCCGCGACCGGAAGUGGCUUGGGUCAAUCUCUUAUUUAGAAGGUCACAUGACUUACCCAUCAUCCUCUGAUCGGGAAAGAGCCUCCAUGUUCUUAUUCGGUAAUACUAAAGAGCUUUUUGUUGGCAAUGUUCAAUGGCAAUGUGUGUUCGGUUCUCCUUGUCGCCAAUUUGCUUAGUAGGUCACUUGGAUGAUGCGCACAUAUUCUGGUUUGCAGUUGAUUUUGCACAUUUCGGCCUGUUUGACUUACAUUAUUGACAAAACUGAGUUAACAGAAACCAUUUCGACUGUAAACUGUCUAUGGCGCUAGGAAGCCUUGUAACUAAGUUGCGGUGGAUUUUAUUAACAUUGUAUCUGAUUGGCUUAGGGAAUAACGCCAGUUUUCUUAGGGCGGACUAAAGCAAAAUCAAUGCCAUCAUGUAUCGUUGUAUACCCUUAAUUGAAAUUGACCAAGGACUUCAGGAGCGAUCAUUACAGCAGCUAGGCAAAUUCCAGAAUCGAUAUCGUAACCGGGAAAGAUGAUUGUUCGAGUGGUUUGUUCUAAUACGUGAACGUGUACUUUCUCUACUCCUGUGUAGGAAUGUCUCUCGCAAGCUGAAGAAAUAUUCCGUAAAGCAACCACGGACAGGGUACUGUCAAUAAAUUGUUUCCUUUUUAGUUUACUCUUCAUUGUGACAUCAUUGUGAACGAAGAUUAACACAACCUUUUGUUAUAGAAACAUUUUAAUUUCAGUUUCAAUGCAGUGGGCAAACCAGUCCAGUAGGUGAAGCUGUAAUCGCGAUUUUCAUACCUUAACCCUUUCACUCCUGAGAUCUCAUUAGUAAUUCUACACACUGUCUUCCAUACAAUUCUUAUGAUGUUAGUUCGGAGAACCUGGUUAUGGAUCAACUCAUUAACUCCCAAAUUUUUCAUGUUUCUUUAAUCCCAUCACUCGUCUGUUUAAUAUUGUAGGGAUGAAAUCUGUCUUGGCCACUCAUGGGUGUUCAAGGGUUAAAGAAAAUUGACCUUUUAACUCACAAGGUCUCAAUAGUAAUUCUCCGUACUGUCUCUCAUAUCAUCCCUAUGAUUUCAGCUUUGAGAAUGUGGUGUCGAAUCAAACUGUAUCUUUUGUUCUAAUUUUUCUUUUCCUCAUCUCCUUUCUGCUUGACAGUGCAUUUACACAGUAAGUAGAAAAUAUUCAUUGAUCAUUUUCUUUUCAGCUUAUUAAUAGUGUUGGCGAUCAGACAUUACUGUUCGGUGAAGAAGGUGAAAGACACCGCUGGUUUCUACUCCCCAGUGAAGCGGCGCAGCUGUUGAGUGGGAAAGCUCUCGCCCAUUUUCCAAUGACGCCACCAUUUUCUCCGCCACAGUGGAAUAAUAGUGCUCAUGUCCUUGAAGGAGCUGAUUCCCGUGGUGCCAAGUGCUUAGAGCCUUGUAAUGGGACUUGUGUGAGCCCCAUGGAAAACUGUACCUUGGAGUCACCUGAAAGUCACGUAUUUCGCGAAGAAAAUAGCAAUGAUAUUAAAGGUGCUGAAGACUGUAGAACUGUUAUGGGUCAAGUUAACGGUGCCAAAAUGGACGAUUUAUCAUCAAAUAUGAGUGAUAACUACGAUAACAUGGCUGAUAAGGAUAUUUCCACCUUGCUAUGUAUGGAUGAAAUUUUAGAUUCAGCAGCAAGUUUACGCGUUAAUUCUGGCCAAGGUGACAAAUGUUAUUCGACGAAAUUUGAGGCUGACAGUGUAGAUACAAAACAUGGAGGUAACACAGUAUUGGAAGAGAGAACUUAUGGAGUAAAAUCCUUUGAGAAUGAUUCCAUUCCCAUUUCCAAAAAGGAAGAAUCACCCGAAAGUAGUAUAACAAAUAACUCUAAUAGACUCCACAAGAAACCGGCCGAGUCUCUUGUUGACAGCGAGGAAACGAAAACAAUAUUUGCCGACGCCGGUCUUAAAUCAGUAGCAAAGUCUUCGUCUGAAAGUAAGUUGAUUUCCGGAAAUGAGGACGCCUCGGCGAGUUUUAAAACAGUUUGCCAAAGAAAACCGAGAAAGAACAAACAAAAAGAAGUUGUGACUGGAAAACCGCAGUUCCAUCAUCCGCCAAAGAGCAUUUUUAAGCCGACUUUAGAGGUGAGAAAUUGUUCAAAUGUAGCAAGCCGAAGGUUGGAAAAUUAUCCUUUGGAAGGCUUUUGAAUUUCUGUUGUUUACACUUUCUCCACUUUAGCACUUAGCAAUCGAAUGUUACUGAGGAGGAGCGGGGCACAUCCAGUAUAACUUAUGUUGUACCCCUGACUACUAUGAGUACUUAAACAACGAUAAAAUAUAUCAGUAGUUUUUCUCUGACCUUCUGUUCUGAGCAACAUAUUUUCAAAACUCGAAGUGAAUUAUCUGUUGAAUUCUUUAGAUGCUAGUGUACUUCUUUGCUCCGUUAACCCUUUACACCCUAACAUCAGUAUGCAAAUUCUCCCUUCUGUUCUCUAUACAUUUCCUGAGGUGCUGAUAAGGAGAAUUUGCUUAACAAUCACGAACUUCUUUGGUUGGUGAUCAUUUCCUUCAUUCUCAUGACCAAAAUGUGUGAUUCAGGGGUGAUUUUAUAAGGAGAGAUUAGAUGCUAGUCACUCCUAGGGGUCCAAGAGUUCAUGAAGUUUUGCUUUUUCAGGCUCUAGAAGAGUACGACAUGAUUCGUGAUGGAGACCGGGUGAUGGUGUGUCUGUCAGGAGGCAAAGACUCGCUCUCUUUACUGCACACGUUACGCCAAUAUCAGUUCUACAGCAGAUCUAAGGUUUGCCCUCACGAAGUUCUAUCAUGUUUGAAUAUCUUUACCGUAUUUCCUCGAAUAAGCGCCCGGUCGCUUUUUAAAUUUUGGCUGAAAAGAGGGGCGCUAAUUGGCGAGCGUAAAUCGGUGGGACUGUCUUUGGGAAGGAGUAAUAAAUACUUUCUAUAGUUCCCCAUGUAUUUCACUCGCUCGUGACGCUCUUUCGCUCGUGACGUUCUUUCACUCGUCCCCACAGACUGAGGGCUUAAAUCAGGCUAUAACAGCUUGGGUUUCUCAAAUGUGACUUUCAUUAUCUCUACUGAGAUAAUUUGGAACUUCUAAAAAUGAAGCCGAGAUUCGUUGUUUAUUAGCGUGUGAUUUUAUGUCAUUUUUAGGGCAUUAAUUUCGAGCUUGGAGCCGCAACCGUAGAUCCUCAGUCACCUGGCUAUGAUCCAAAACCUUUGGUUCAGUAUUUAGCAGCUCUUGGUGUUCCUUACUUCUUUGAAGAGCAAGGUAAGUGACGGGGCUAUGUGCAUCAUUUCACUAGCAAAAUUUAUGUGUUGCGAAACAACAAAAUAAUGAUUAUGAAAGCGAUCUUAUAUUCACUAUUGCUUAAGUAGUGCUGUGCUUAAAUGGUGUUCGUUACUGCGAAGAUCGCUUUCAUAAUCAUUUCUUGAACCGCAGCUCGCAUACAUGAUUUUUAUAUAUUCAAAGACAUUGAUUCAUCACUUCUCGGGUUUAUUACGAACCAACACAAUGACCAGCUCCCAAUUGGCUUGUUAGCUCAGUAGGUAGAGCACUGCACCGGUAUCGCAUGCAGAGGUCCUGGAUUUAAAUCCCGUAUUUUCAGCACUGCUUAAGUAGUUUUCAUUACUGCUAAGAUCGCUUUCAUAAUCAUUUUAAAUCUGCAGUUCACAGUCAUCGAAACUAUAAAAUACAUGCAUUAGAUAAGAGUGAGUGUCUAGAAAUUUUUUUUUUCAUCAGGUAUCAUUCAACAGGCCGCCCAGCUUACCGUUUGUGAAUCCAUCUGUAGUUUCUGUUCACGAAUGAAGCGCGGCAGGUUGUACGCAUGUGCAAGACGAGGAGGUUACAACGUGUUAGCCAUGGGUCAACAUCUGGAUGACUUGGCCGAGAGGUUUGUAGCUAGUUGGGGGGGGGGGUGACAUAACGAUGGAACGAUGGGGGGGGGGGCGGGGUGAAGAAGAAUCGUGGUUUGUGACUAUUGAAACUUCUGGGUCAGAGUUUUGGAUUCGUCCGUUGUUUGCAAUCUGGUUCAAUCUUCGCCAUCCUAUAUCAUCCUUGUGUCUCUUUGUUUUUCUAUUUCUCAUUCUUUGACUGUUCAUCCUACAAAAAUUGUAUUUUGUCGUCUGGUUUAUAGAUGAGGAUUUGAUUGAACGGCGCUAUAAAAAGUUAUCCUAGUGAGGAUGACUUAGCUCCGUAAGAGAAGAAGUAAAGUCAAUUUCGCUCCCAGGCUCUUUAACCAGCCUGGGAAGAGGAGAGAUCCUGAGAGCGAGUUUGAGUGGGCGUUUAAAAAUUUGUUUCAGGCCUUAGGAAAUAACGGUGUAAAUUAUACAACAAAGCGCUGUCGUGUAGAUGGAGGCAAAAGCUGUUAAAGACCCAGAUUCUUUUGUGGAUGUCGCUAGUUAAUUCUGGUAUAGUAGCCUUUACUUAAACGUUUUUGUUUUAAUUGCAGCUUUUUGAUGUCAGCAUUUCACAACGGUCUCUUGCGGACAAUGAAGGCAAACUACACAGUCCUGUAAGUUUUUUUUUAUUAUAUUGGAUACAAUAAAGAGUGUCUAUUUUGGGUUGGAGCUAAAAUCGUCUUCGUUCGUAGCGAAUUCUCUCUUCAGGUAUAGGUAAGCAUUUGUUUCCAUCUCAAUGGUCACUCAAGUGCGUACUUUUGUUACAUUUUUAACUCGUAUUACGUAAGAAAAACCCCAACUAUGCAUCGCUUUCAUUUGAACAAUUUCUUUCUUUUCAGGGAAGGCGAUUUAAGAGUUAUUAGACCUCUUGUAUAUGUUCGUGAGAAGGAGCUUCGAAAUUUUGCUGAAAAGGUGAGCGAACAUGUUCUAAAAUUCGCUUUAUCUGACCGAAACGGUGUGCUGUAACAAUUUGCCUCUUUUUGCCCGAUGAUUGGUCAAGAAAACUCACGCCAAUCUUUCAACCACUGAGAUAGAAAACCGACAAAACUCGCGCUUUUGGUUGUUCGCGUUUUCCCGCGCUUCAGGAAGCUUUGAGUUGUUAUUGGCCCUUCGAUAUGAUUGGAUGUUGUGAUUACUUCGAUUUUGACUUUGCGGCACUCAAUCGAAACAUUCACAAGGUUUUUAUAUAUUUAUAUAUUAUUUAAGUUUCUAAUUGAGAGGACAACUUUUCUUUACUUCAUGUUUUUCCAUUACAGGUAAAAUUACCAGUGAUUGCGGAGAACUGUCCUGCUUGUUUCGAAUCACCAAAGGUAUGGACAUGUUCCUUUUCUUUCCAUUCUUUUGUUUGAGUUUGUGAUUCAACCUCUCGGUUUGUUGUUUUACACAGGAGCGCCAUAGAACAAAGCAGUUACUGGCUGCUCAGGAAAUAUUAUUCCCAGGUCUCUAUCACAGCCUGCUCACGGCCAUGAAGCCAUUAAUGGCUCGCGAUCGAGUGGGCCUGGAGUCUAGCAAAAUGAAAGAGGGAAACUAUGAGGACUUUCUAUGACACGAGAAAAUGGGACCUGUGCAGCGAGAGAUUCUUUACCGUAGAAGUUGUUCAUCUGACCAGUCACCGAGCGUUCUAAAAUAAAAAUAACGCCUCCAGGGAUUAACUUCGAUACUGAAUUGAGUAUUUACCCAAUUUUUUUUUCAAAAGUCCAAAUCACAAUUAAGACUCCUAAGACAGGUGGAAUGUUUCAGUUAUUUUAUUUAAAUGUCGC